AUGAAGUUCUCCAUUGCAUUCAGUUUCAUGUCUGCCGGCCUCGUUGCCGCUGUUCCUUCGGCCAACCAGAUCCGUUCCGUCAACGACGUGCUCCCCAACCUGAAGCGCGACGCCUCGGGCGCCGGCUUCGCUCACCUGGGCUCUGACAACGUCGUGCGCACCUUCGACAAGAACUUCAACGUGGUGGACUUCGCCAAGCUCGACGACCGGUCCGCCGCCGCAAAGGACCCCAGCGCGGACGUUCUCGCCGAGGCCAAGCUUGCCAAAUCCAAGGCCGUCGAGCAGACCUCCAAGCCGCGUAAGAUAACCCCCCUCGACGCGCGCCAGGAGAAGAGCUGCCCCAGCCAGUCUUGCCCGGAUGACUCCUACUGCAAGGGUUUGUCCAUCUACGGAUACGACUGCUCGACUUGCUAUAGUGUCACGCACACCGUUGGUAACUGCCAGGCAUAAGUCAAUGGGAGCCGUAGCGAUUGGAUUACUUAGAAGUGGUGGUUUAAACAGGGCACGUUGUGGAGGAGUAGAGCACGGGUCGCACUUGUGGUGGCAUUUAGGGGGAGGAAUAGAAAAGGGAGUUGUAAUUAAUUUAUUCGCUGCCGCUAAUUAGAGCAAUCUACCUAUUGGAUACAUAUCAA